UUGUGUGACACGGUGGAGCGCCGCAGCCAAUGAGCGCGCCGUGUGUGCCAAGUGGAGGCAGAGAAUGGUGCGCGCGGACGCAGAGUGCGCUCCGGAGAGGAGGAACACAGUCAGUCCACACAUGUGUGCUGCCAGGCGCUUCUUCACACAACGGGAACGAAGGAGAGCCGCGCUGGUUACCGUGGACGGAGAGAAGGAGGAAAAUAACCCGAUGUGAAGGAUAUUAAAUCACUCUCGCGGCCGCCAUUUGUCGGGAGCUCCCGCUUUGUUUUCUUCCUCUUUUUGUUUUGUUUUUCCUCCAAGCGCCGCGCGGUGGCCUCACGUGCGCCCUGUGUUCGUCAAUGGUUUUAACCGCCGAGCGUCACGUUUCUGGACCCCGCAGCCGGGAUGUAACGAGGGGCAAAGCCUCAUAAACCCGCCUCACUGUCGCCUUCUCGUUCAAGAGGAAUAUAGUGAGCUGUAUCGAGGGUGAACUGAACGGCUGCUGUCGGUUUAUGGAAAGCGAGAAACUUCUCUGAGAGUCUCCAGACUUUGUUAACAUUGAUGGUGGGUUGUCUUAUGAUGACCCCCGCCCGGAGGUCAUAGCCGACUCUUCUUGUUUCCCACCGCAUCACUGCCCCUCACCCCAAUGAUGACUAUGAGCUCUAUAUCGGACACUUUGGUCCCGCCUGAUCCGUCCAAAUCGGCGUUUUUGGAGUUUGGCGGCCACGGCUACCCCGGACACCAGCAGCCCUCCCCCGGCCUGUCCCACAACCAUUACCCGGUCCACGGUCUGCACGCCGUCGGGCCGUCCCAGCACGACGGGCCCUUCUCCUCCGGCGCAUCCUCGUACGGUCGCCCACUGGGUUACCCGUCCUAUCACAGCCCGGUUAGCGCGCACCACCCCGGAGCCUACCUCCCCUACCAGCACGGCGGUCACGGCGGCGCGCUGGGACACACCAGACUGGAGGAUGCAGAACACGAGAAGCCCACAGCGGUGAUCGAGAACGGAGAGGUGAGGCUCAAUGGGAAGGGGAAGAAGAUCAGGAAGCCUCGGACCAUUUACUCCAGCCUGCAACUCCAGGCGCUUAACCAGCGCUUCCAGCAGACCCAGUACCUCGCCCUGCCCGAGAGGGCUGACCUGGCAGCCAAACUGGGCUUAACGCAGACCCAGGUGAAAAUAUGGUUCCAAAACAAACGAUCUAAAUACAAGAAGAUCAUGAAAAAUGGGCCCUGUGGACCUGAAGGAGACCACCUCGCCCCUCCACCGCCAUCCUCCUCUUCUCCGUGCUCCCUGUGGGACAUCAGCAUGGCUGCCAAAGGCGCGCCGGUGCACUCCGGAGGAUACAUGAACAAUUUUGCUCACUGGUACCCCGGGCACCAGCAGGACUCCAUGCCGAGGACUCAGAUGAUGUGACAGACAUGAGGACGCAAGACUUCCAGGACAAAUAAAGGAUUUAUACCAGCAAGCUGAGUGGAGCUGUCAGGGACAUAGACAUUGUUAAGAGUCUAAGCUGCUCUGGAGGCAAAAAGAUAGUUGGCAGAGAUCAAUUGCAGUAAACAGAUAUGUGCCAAGUUACUAUUGGCUGAAAAAAGCAGUACAGCUAAGAUAACUAAGAAAUCAAUGGAAAGUGUUUGUUGAAAUUUACUUUGCUCCCAGCAUUCACCAAAUACAGUAUGUCAUGAGGAAAGUGACCAUAGCAACAGAGUAGGACCCGGCUACAUGAUAACAUUGUUGCAACUAUAGCAAUAUAAGUAAGCCCGGUAAGACUGCUAUUGAACUUCCAACCAAAGUGAUCAAUUGAUUAAUUGAAUGCAUCAGUAGCCGGUGAUCUGAAAGCUUAGCUUUUGGUUCCAUGCAAAACUUAGCACUCGCUAGGUACGAGCGUCUGCAUAGUUAGCCUAGCAGACCUUCCAAACACAAGUAAAGGUGCAGAGUCACAGAAUCUGGCCAGAUGUAUCAGUAUGCACCAGACCACCAAGAGUUCAGGCCAGUGGGCUACAUAACUGUAAACUGGGUUUUUGUUUGUCUACUUUCAUCAUGGAAACCAGGUCAAAAACAUUCUUCAUUUGCAGCUAAAAAGCACACUAAAAUAUGUUUCUGAGAGCAUUUCAGUCGAGAAAUAGGCAAUGCAGAAACAGAAUCUUGAUUCAUAUUUGAUCAUCACAGCAUAGUUUGAAGAUAUGAUCUAACUGUUCACGUCAUACCGGAUGGAUUCAUCUGCACAAAGUUUAUCAAGCCAUAUCCAUUAUGUGCGACGUGACCAGAUCUUCUGUUCUCCAUAGAAAAUGUAAAGGAUCUCUACAUCUGUCAACUGAUCCAGUGUGUCUGUGCCUUAAGCUAUGCUAGUCUACGGCUGUGUGAGCCUAGUUUAAUUGAUAUCGCCGUGUUGGUGUUAUUCCUGGAACAUCAUAAUUGAUGUUGUUUCAGGACCAUCGUUGAAACUGACCAAGCAUGCAGUUGUGAUGUCAUAGCUUUGCUACUCACUUGGAUUGGUGUUCCUGGAACACCAUAAUGAAUGUUGCUCCAACUCUGUCAUUCCAUCUUAGGUAAAAGUGAUGGAAACUGCACCUGGGUCAAGCUGUUGUAACUGGGUGGGUGCAGGUACAGGUCUCACACUCAGUAGACAUAUUAGUAUACUGUUUGCUUAUUUUCAGUUUCUUUUAAGUUUUCUGUUCUGGUUUGGUUAGGUUUAGGGAAUUAUAAUAUUUGGUUAUAGGUUGAGGAAAACAUGGUUGAGCCUCUUACACAAUGUAAAACACGUUAUAAAGGAUAACUGCUCCCAUGUGCA